ACCGCCGGAGGAUCAGACAUGUCGCAAUACAAGUAUCUCUCUGGCUUUGGGUCUCAUUUCUCCUCCGAGGACGAGCGGUAUCCCAACUCUUUGCCAGUGGGCCAGAACUCCCCACAGGUGUGUCCUUAUAAGCUCUAUGCCGAGCAGCUAUCGGGAAGCGCUUUCACAGCUCCCAGGACCGAGAAUGCCCGGACUUGGCUCUACCGGAAGCUGCCCUCGGCAGUGCAUCUGCCAUUCCAGCCCUUCAACGGAGCCACUUACUUUAGACAGAACUGGGAUGAACAGCCCCCCAAUCCAAAUCAGCUGCGCUGGAAACCCUUUGAUCUGCCAUCAAAGGGCAAAUCAGUGAACUUUGUGGAAGGCUUGCAUACGGUUUGCGGUGCAGGGGAUCGAACUCGUCAUGGUCUUGCAGUUCAUAUUUACUCCUGCAAUAGCUCCAUGGAUUCAUCGGCUUUCUAUAAUAGUGAUGGGGAUUUCUUGAUUGUGCCGCAGCAAGGAGUUUUGGAUAUAACUACAGAGAUGGGAAGGAUGACAGUGGCCCCCAAUGAGAUUUGCGUUAUUCCUCAGGGCAUUCGAUUUGCUGUGGCUGUGGAUUCUCCUUCCAGAGGCUACAUACUGGAGGUCUAUGAUGGACACUUUGUGUUGCCGGAUCUAGGACCCAUUGGUGCUAAUGGCUUGGCCAAUCCCAGGGAUUUUGAAACACCUGUGGCCUGGUUCAAUGAUCAGCCCGUUAAAGACUUCCAGGUAAUCUCCAAAUUCCAGGGUAGUCUUUUUGUGGCCAGGCAGAACCAUAGCGUCUUUGAUGUGGUGGCCUGGCAUGGCAACUAUGUGCCCUACAAGUAUGAUCUGUCCAAGUUCAUGGUGAUCAACUCGGUUAGCUUUGAUCACUGCGAUCCCAGCAUCUUCACCGUACUCACCUGUCCGAGCUUGAGACCUGGAACAGCCAUUGCCGACUUUGUGAUAUUUCCGCCACGUUGGUCCGUCCAGGAGCACACCUUCCGCCCGCCAUAUUACCAUAGAAACUGCAUGAGCGAAUUCAUGGGCCUGAUCUUGGGUAAGUACGAGGCCAAGGAGGAUGGCUUUGCCGCCGGUGGAGCCACUCUACACUCGAUGAUGACUCCCCAUGGACCGGAUGUCAAGUGCUUUGAGGGUGCCUCGAGUGCCAAGCUGGUGCCAGAACGCAUUGCUGAGGGAACUCAGGCCUUUAUGUUUGAAUCUUCUCUGAGUCUGGCCGUGACCAAGUGGGGUGAGGAAACCUGCCAAAAGCUGGACGCAGCUUAUUACGAAUGCUGGCAGAACUUGAAGGAACAUUUCCAAAAUGUUGAAUUAUAAUAUAAUAAAUAAGUUAAGUCUAUAAAGUCACUUAAUAAACACCCAAUUGAUUUUUA